AUGGAUCGUCAACCAACGGUGCCAUCAGCUUUCAUGCCAAUGCGUGUUCAACUCGCCACUCACCACCAAAACACCGUUUAUGGCCGCGUCCACCAACGCUUCCUCCGUCGUCGCUUCUGGCAACCUGACUCCGUGGUCAACGACAGCCCACCCCUCGAUUUGCACUUGGACUUCGGGAUGGCUAGUUGUACAUGGUUUCUAGAAACGCUAGGGCCAGAAGCGUCCAUUAUUGAUACUGUUUGA